AGAGAGCCAGGAGACAGCGGGGCAGUGAGCUCAGUGCCCCGGGCGGGUCGCUUGGCAUCCGGGGAGGCUGCUCCCGCAUCCCAGACAGCGGCUCCAACACCGCGGACAGCGGCUCCAGCACCGCGGACAGCGGCUCCAGCACCGCGGACAGCGGCUCCAGCACCGCGGGCAGCGGCUCCAGCACCGCGGACAGCGGCUCCAGCACCGCGGACAUCGCUCGCCACCAACAUGGCUCCGAUAGCGGACAGCCGCCAGCAGUUCGAUGAAAUUCCUACAGUGGUUGGAAUCUUUAGUGCAUUUGGCCUUGUCUUCUCUGUCUCCCUCUUUGCUUGGAUCUGCUGCCAACGCAAAUCUUCCAAGUCCAAUAAGACCCCUCCAUACAAGUUUGUCCAUGUUCUGAAGGGGGUUGAUAUUUACCCUGAGAAUCUCAACAGCAAGAAGAAGUUUGGAGCAGAUGAUAAAAGUGAAGCAAAGAACAAAUCAGCAAUGCCAAAGAACUCUCUCCAUCUUGACCUGGAGAAGAGAGAUCUAAAUGGCAAUUUCCCCAAAACAACCACAAAAAUGCAGGGCUCUCCAGAUCUUGAAAAUUCAUCUCCUAAGCACUUUGCAGAAAGGAAGAAAGAUUCGGUGUCCCCUGAUAGCUUAAAAUCCAUCACUUCUCUGUCAUCUGAAGAUAAACAAGACAAGCUAGGAACUCUCUUUUUCUCCUUAGAGUACAACUUUGAGAAAAAAGCAUUUGUAGUGAACAUCAAAGAAGCUCGUGGGCUGCCAGCAAUGGAUGAACAGUCAAUGACUUCUGAUCCCUACAUCAAAAUGACAAUCUUGCCUGAGAAAAAGCACAAGGUGAAAACCAGGGUGCUGAGAAAAACCUUAGAUCCAGCUUUUGAUGAGACUUUUACAUUUUAUGGGAUCCCCUACAGCCAAAUUCAAGACUUAACGCUUCACUUCAUGGUCUUGAGCUUCGACAGAUUUUCCAGAGAUGAUGUCAUUGGAGAAGUCCUCAUCCCCCUUGCUGGAAUUGAACUCUCGGAAGGAAGGCUGCUAAUGGACAGAGAGAUCAUCAAAAGAAAUGUUAGGAAAUCAUCUGGUCGUGGAGAAUUACUGGUCUCUCUCUGUUAUCAAUCUACAACAAACACACUCACUGUCGUUGUUCUAAAAGCCAGGCAUCUACCUAAAUCUGAUGUGUCAGGAUUAUCAGACCCUUAUGUCAAAGUGAACCUGUACCAUGCCAAGAAGAGAAUUUCUAAAAAGAAAACCCAUGUGAAGAAGUGCACCCCCAAUGCAGUGUUCAAUGAAUUGUUUGUCUUUGACAUUCCUUGUGAAGGCCUUGAUGAUAUCAGCAUUGAAUUUCUGGUUUUAGAUUCAGAUAGGGGGUCAAGGAAUGAGGUCAUUGGCCGGUUAACCUUGGGAUCUUCAGCAGAGGGAACAGGUGGAGAGCACUGGAAAGAAAUUUGUGAAUAUCCUAGGAGACAAAUUGCCAAAUGGCAUAUGUUAUGUGAUGGUUAGCAGGUUAGAGAGGAGUUGGAUCUUAAAAAACUAUAUAUUUCCAUAGGCAAGGAGCAGGUUUUUUUUCUUUGCUGUGUAUAAUUACAAGCUUUUAACUACAAAAAAAAUUUU